GUAGGACCUGCAUCGGGUGGAAACGUUCGAUAAGCUCUAAACUCAUCCGGGACAUUGUUUUAGCACAACAGAGUUCAUCGAAGAAUCCUUUGUGCAUGUGUGAAAGUCGAGAUAAAUCCACACUUCCCCUCCCUUCGCCUCUGGGGAACCUCUUCUCGCGAAAAGAUUACGGCUGGAUUUUACCGACUUUUUCUUGCUUAUCGAUUUAAUUAGAUCUCGCAUUUUGAUCGAACGGGGAUCAUCUUCAUCAUCAUGGAGGCAGGAGCUGGAAUUGUUGGCUUCGUGUGGGUGUUGACUGCCUUUUCCGGCGGUAUCGUCGUCGCGAGAAGUGUCAUGAAAACCAUACGAUUCCACGGACUGGCAUGGGAAGACUAUUUGAUGAUCAUCUCUAUGCUUCUCGCAGUCGUCUAUGGAAUAUCCAGUACAUUGAUGUACACCAUCGAUUUCGGAAACCACGCACAACAACAACUGGCACCCUUCCACUCUCCAAAAUUCGCAGAAUAUCUUUAUCUCUGCCAUGCUGUUGGAUUCAUGGCUCCCGUUUUCAGUCGGAUUUCGUUUUGUCUGUAUAUGCUACGCGUGCUCAGCACGACGUCCGCAUUCAGAAAACGCAGCAUACACGCCUUUAUCGCACUCCAACUCAUCGUCAACGUCCCCAUCACAAUCUUCGUAUUCACGCAAUGUGGAAGCUUCCAAAAUCUAUGGCGACACGGCUUAUUGACUUCCUCCACAUCUUGCGUCCGCCACGACAUCAUCAAGAUUUUGGCAUUGAUCGCUGUAGUCUUCAACGCCGUCACGGAUGUUUACCUAACACUCCUUCCCGCAAUCGUGGUGUGGAGCAUAAAAGUCAUGACGGCAAAAGCUCGCUUGGGGCUAGCAGCCACACUCGGUCUGUCUUUUUUCGCUUCCAUCGCCAGUGUGAUAAAGAUAUACUACGUAUACGCUUUAUACACCUACUCGCCAAACCCACUCACGAUAGAAAGAGUGAUACUGGUCAUGGGUGUCGAAAUCAAUGUUGUGGUCAUCGCCGCAUCUAUUCCCGUUUUGGCACCUCUGUUUUUGCAAAAGUCCGGGCAGAGUAGGAAGGGCAUUUACAAGGAUCCCGUGUUACCGACUUAUGAUAUCAGUGUCGAGGGUGCUUCAAAGGGCAGCGAUUUGCAAUCGGGCAAGACUUUCAACAUUUCGUCUAGCAAGACAUUUGAACAGUCGUCGUCGGGCAAGAAGGAUUCAAUCGUCACGAGGACGACAGAGUUGUUUUCGGAAAACGGCACGGAAGGUACGCUUUCACCAACGACACCUUGGGAUGAAAUGCCAGAGAUAGUGUUUUUGAGCGACAACAAGCAAUGAUUGCUGAGGAAGAUUUGCAAAUCAUCAACGACACCAGAUUGUAGCGAGCGAGCCUUUUCUCUUCUUCUUUUGUACAAGAAUUAAACAAUACCAUAGUGAUUAUAAUGAAACCGUAUUUUCCAU